AUGGAGAACAAGCUUUCAUGUUCAAAUUCUCUCUUGAAAAAGACGUUAGAAUUAGGAUCAGUGCAUAUUGCCAGUAAGCUUUUUCUAAUUCGUGCUUGGUCUCCAUUUUUAGAACAACAAGUUGGCUCCUUAAGUUCUGUUCCUAUUUGGAUAAUUCUCAGAGAUGUUUCUUUACAUCUCUGGAAUGAAAUUGGUUUUUCUAGGAUUACAAGUCUUGCAGGGAAACCUAUUAUGACAGAUGCUCCUACUGCUAUGAAGACAAGAAUGGCAUUUGCCAGGGUUUGUGUCGAAAUUGAUGCCAAUUGCACAUUUCCGACUAAACUUCCUUUUCAAAUUGAUGACAAGAAAUAUGAGGUGAGGGCAGAAUAUCCAUGGAAACCAACCUCUUGUUGUCAUUGCAAAAGCUUUGGUCAUUCAAAUGAUAAAUGUGCUGCAAAUCAAGUUAGAAAAUACACCAAAAAGUGGAAGCCUAAGAAAACCUUUACAUCCUCAGAUGUUAGGGGUACAACUCUUGCUGGAACUUCACAAGAAGCUGAAGUUAGAGUUGAGAAUCAAAAUAAGAAUGAUGAUCUUCAACUUCUUGAGAAAGUGAAUGAGACCGUCUCUGAAAUUGUUGAUGCAAAUUCUAUGGAGGUGACCACUUGGAAAAAGAAAAUGAAGAAGUGCCAGCUCUUCAGGGGGAGACUCUUCUGA